AGAGCACGGACCUAUGGAUUGUUAUUCGAGUGCCUUAGGAAAAAAUGCGUGGCCCUCUAGAAUCUCUCCUUCUGCAACUUGCUAUGAUCUCUGCCGUACUGGGAAUCGAUGUGACAAUCAGCAUCGGUACGAUCAGAGGCUAUCAGCUGAAAGGGUCGUCUGGCAAGCUCGUUAAUGUUUUUAAGCACAUCCCAUAUGCAGCUCCACCUUUAGGAGAGCUACGUUUUAAGAAGCCAAUACCGCCUAAGAAAUGGGAAGGUGUCAGGGAUGGCACAGAUUAUGGACCAGCUUGCAUGUCUAAUUCAUCGUUUAGUAGAAGCCCGCAAAAGUGGGUGCAUGAAGAUUGCUUGCAUGUGAAUAUUUUUGCUGGAGCUGAUUGCUUGAAAAAGGCUUGUUCUGUGAUGUUUUAUAUCCAUGGAGGUGAUUUCAAUUACGAUUCAGCUGUGAUGUUCAGGGAUGAACCGCUUGUCAACAAUUUUGCUGCAAAUGAUAUUGUCCUAGUCAUUCCUGGAUUUCGACUUGGCUUCUUCGGUCUCCUAACUUUUGAUUCAGACGAGGUUGUUCCAAGAAACAUUGCUGCUUAUGAUCUCAUUGCCGCUCUAUAUUUUGUCAAGAAUGAAAUCAAACAUUUUGGUGGAAACGAUAUUACAUUGUUUGGACAUUCUGAGGGAGCUACAGCAUCUGCACAAUUUGCUUUAUCCAAAACCAUUGAUCCGGAUGUGAAGCUCUUCCAGAAGGCUGUAAUGAUGUCUAUGCAUUAUGCAUUCCAGAAUUUGAGCCAUGCAGAAGAUGUGACUAUGGAAAUGGCUUACCGAGCAAAGUGUUCGCCAUCGAGAGCCAAAAGUCAAUCUUCUGCGUUUGUUGAAAGAGUAGUGAAAUGUCUAAAGAAUUUGGAUAGCAUGGAAAUAUUGAGGAUCCAAAGAGAGAUGGAAGACGAAAGUGUAAGGCUCAAACCUGAAUUGCUCGUAAUGACUGCUCCACUUUUUGGCGCAGGGAAUCAGCAAGAGUUCCUCGCUGAUCCUCCUCCACGUACAAUAGUCGUCGGAAGUACACUGAGGGAGAUGGACUUUAUGUAUAAUUUCUACGAGAUUGGAGACAUUGUAAAGCUUUUGGGACUAAGAAAUCGGAAGGAGAUCCAGGAAAAAGUCCGGGAGGAUGCAGUGGCAAAUAAAUGGCCUGGCGAUCACUCAGUCUCUACCCAAGCAAUAAUCAUGUCGACAUAUGUUAUAGCACAUAAGUUGCGAGAAGCUGGUGGCAGGGCUUACAUCUACUCCUAUGCAAAUCCACGCCAUUCAUUCCAUACUUCUGAUCUCGCCUACAUUAUGGGAGUGCAUCCAUUUGAACUCGACCCGAAUGAAGCAGUGUUAGCUGUGCUAUAUCCCAAAUUCUUUGUGGAUUUCAUGAAAACAGGGCAACCUCGACCAGACUGGAUUCCCCUCCAGGCUGAUCUUGACAAUUAUAUGCACAUUAAUGUAAAUUUGGCUGAUGGCACUAUGCCAGAAAUGCGCAAUCAUUACGAAGCUGAAGUCAUAAACUACUGGAAAGAAAUGACGAAGUACGACGAAGAGAUUGUACGCAGAAAAAAUACAGUAAGAUCCCUGAUUGGCGAGCUGCGAUUGUCACAACUAGUGCUGAUACUGCUAAUGGUGACAAGUCUCUAUUUACUUAUUUGUUGCUACCCUUGUUCGCAAUAAUUCUGACAGUACUCUUGGUGCGAUGUGUCGUUUAUUGUCGAAUGGAGCAACAAAUCAACCAUCGAAGCGAAAUCACGCCACUUAUACCAUGAGAAAAUAUUUUUACACGCAAUAAUACGCAAUAUAUACGCAAAUCGGUUUUUGAAUCAUAUUCUCCAGUCAGAAUUGCUGGUUCGAAAUCCAAGAGCAAAUGUACAUAGCUUGUUCAUAGCGUUUAUGAAUAUAAUUUG